AUGACAGAGAAAAAAGUGAUAUCCGAUGUCAUCACAAUUUUCAACGAUGGGCUGAAUAUUGGGAGAUUAAAAUACGAUAAAAUUGCUACUAAGCUUGGCAUUAUCGCUGGAUGGGGAUCUGUGAUCAAAGAUUUGUCCAAUGUUUUAUUACCAGGAAAAAAGGAUCCAGUAAUGGAUAAGUUACGUGAGCUGGGAAAUAAGAUAGACCAACUUUCGAAUCAAAUGACCGAGGAGUUCAAUGCGUUGAAGGCAUUCAUUGUGGAACAUGACUUUUAUGCGGAUAUUAUUCAAACCGCCGCGACUCUGACAAAGUUCAUGCAAGACACUGUAACCAACCCGAAUUGGUUGAGCUAUCUGAUUUUCAAACAAGCUGCUGAAAAGACGCCACCGCUCACGUACGCUUAUAAAAUGAUAAGUCUUCUCGAGAAAGAUGUGACUAACCCUCUGAAAAUGGCGAUGGAAAAGGAUAAAUUCGGAGGAAAGAGAUCUACAUUUGACAAUUGGAGAAAUACAAUAGAUGGGGUAAUAUCUCAAUUCCUGGUCCUGGAAUCCUACAUCAGUGGAAUGUUAUACAACGAGAACAUGUACGGGCCGAAUAAACUGAGGGAUGCAAUAGAAAAAUUAAAUAAAAAUAUGGAUCAGUGGAGAGAGGAUUACAAGAAAUCCUACUGGAAAAAAAUCACGCCAGAAUUUAUCAAGGCAUUCCAAAUAGAACAUGUUAAGCAGAAUAAUGAAGAAAAGGCCACGAUACUGCAAAAUGAACUGGGACAAGUUCUUACUGAUGACGCGUUCUAUAUAAUGGUUUAUGAUCAUUGCAACGGUUAUGACAAACACUCAUUCCAAUAUCGGGCAGACCAAUACGUAUCAUCUUUUCGUGUGGAUGGUUGCUGCGUUGUGAUCUACCGAAGUCGUUGUUGGAAUAGUAGUGACAGACAGUCUAAAAAACAGAUUGAAAUUGACGUCGAGUCGUGUGAAACAAAUACUAUUGGAUUAAAUGCCGAUCAUGAAAAAGUACCUGGGUGGCUUAGGAACAAUCGAAUCCGUGAUUGUCAUUUCGUUGGAUUAAUCAAAUCAAAUCUGAUGUUGUCGAUUAAAUCAGCUAACACUCCUGGAUAUGAAAAGGGUCCUGGAUGGUGGAUCAAGGUCAUUAAAAGAAAAGGGCAAAACUCUUUCAGUCGUCACUCUGUUCCUGAAUUAAGCUAUUUUCUGAUUGCUGGAUUUAAAUAA